AAAGUUGACCUUGGAUAAACACAAAGUGUAGAAUCUAAAAAGAAAAUGACCAGAAUGAUUAAAAUUACGUAAAAGACUUGAUAAAAAGAAAUGGAAGAUAGCGACAAUUGGCUGUUGAAGAUAAGCUUGUUUCUUGACGACAGAGAGCUGGACGAUGAACAGGAAAUGAGACAAAAACGGAAAAAGAAAUUGAAUUAUCACAUCGCAAUGUUGCGGACAAUUGUGAAAGAUCAAGAGACGAGGAUAAAGGAACUAAAUGAGAAGAUUGCAGAACAAAAGCAAUACAUUAUUCGAGUAGAGGAACGUCUUCAAAAAUACAAGGAAGAAUUAGACGAGAAAAAAAAGCAUGUAGACCUUGAAAUCAACUUUGAAAGAUGUACAACAGGAUGUCUCCAAACUACGUGUGACUACACAAAACAGAACAAAAAUCUCUCGGAGACGCUUGAAGAUUUGAGCGAUAAAUUUGAUCAGUUUUUAAUUGAAUAUGCCACUUUCAAGAGUACGGUUGAUCUCAGGGAUAGCCCGUGGUAUGGAGAACAUCUUUGGAUAAUUAGAAACUACACGAGACGUUUAAGGCGCAUCCGCUCCGGCAAACUUGAUGAUCCAAUUAGAAGUGAGCCUUUUUACACGGGACUGCCUGGUUACAGGCUAUGCGUAUGGGUGUAUUUGAACGGUCGGGGACACUAUCUAGAUUCAAUAUCUGUCUACGGGAAAGUGAUGGCCGGAGAUUAUGACCCCAUCAUGCAAUGGCCCAUACGGCCUCAGUUCACGUUCAUACUCUACGAACAGAAUCGAGGCGACAUGCAUCGUAGUGACAUCGUGAGACGCCGUAAGGUUCACGAGAUCAAACGAGAUAACAACGAGAAGGAUAAAACAGGCAACGGUAUCCCCCGUCCUCUAGGCGAUGAUAGAUCGAUAAUUGUAGGAUUUGACAAUUUUGUCAGUCAUGAAGAAUUACAUACACGCGGUUUUUUGAAAAAUGAUAACAUUUUCCUCAAGGUUGAAGUGGAAAUAAAAGUUUAGAGAUAAUUUUGUGGUGACGAAUCUUGUCAAAGUGUUGUAAUGUCACUUUCUCCAUCGUCAGGGAUUAGAAAGAGAAAAAUAUCUGAUUACUCGAAAGCAUCAGACUAAACGUCAUAAGUAUAAUCUCCAGUUAUCAUUCUCAAAAUAAAAAUUUCAGAAGAGUUUGUUGUUUAUCACCUGUGAAGAAAUUGAGUUCACUUGCAAGUUUUGGGACCAUCAUAAAAUUCACAUCGUACUAUUAAACAUUUAGCGUUAAAUAAAUCAUUAACCAGAUAUGAAUUAUAUUAAACAAAACAUUUGUUUGAAA